AUGGCAGAAAAUCCGACAGACGGCAAUGUCCUGUGAGGGUGACAGGAACGUCGAGAAUCAGAGUAGGAUUAGACGUUGGCUGAGAGAGGACUGGAUUUCAGACUGAAGCCGUAGCAAGCACCGGGAACCAGAGCCGAGAAAGAAAAUUCGGACAUUAGAGUAGUGAGAGAUGAGAAAGAUCGAGAAUAGAUCAAGGGAGAAAUGCUGGAGAAACAGAUAAAAAGUGAAACAUUGAUGCUAAUGGAGAUGGAAAUGAACUGAGUUGGAGAUAAAGGGGGGAGUAAGGGAAGGAAGGAAGGACAGAGAGAGAGAGAAAAAAAAGGAGAAGGAGGAUGAGAGUGAGAGGGAGACUGCAAUGAAUUGGGAAAAGAGCGAUAGACCAGGACUCAAAAUUACUUGGUGUGGCUGUCAGGGAGCUUGUUUUCUCGUACCAGCCCAGAGAAGAGUUAGGUUGAUGUAACUGGAUUAAAAGAGGAUAAUAAUAAGAAAAUCGUACUGAAGCUAAAAUUGUAGGGUUGACCUUCUUAGUACAAUCAGCAUAUUGUGGAGAGGUUUUACAAUUGAAAUUUAAGAUAGCAAGACAAAGUUUUUUGUGAUUUAUUUUUCUACUGUGCUCUUGUCCUCUCCUGAGACCUGAUAGAAAGAGGAAUUAUUAGAAACAGAGAGACUCUGCAGGAUAAAUCAACACUUCAAAUAGAAGCUGGAAGACAAAGGACGAAGGGAAGGUGCUAGUGGCCAAAGGAUGUGGUUGCAGCAGCGUUUGAAGGGGUUACCAAUGCUGCUUUCAAGCAGCUGGGCCAGACGAAUGCUGGGAGGCCUAGGUAUCCUGUUGAUCUUUUACUGGUACCUUGCAUCAGAAGGUGGGUUCAGGUUGUUCUCUGGCUCUGAGGACCCCAGGACAGUGACAGACAAUUGUCUUCAGGUAGAGACCCAACAAUGGAAGGCAGCUGUAGAGAACAGCAAUGGCCUGAUGAGUGUUAUUGGUGCAGACAAUAGAGGACAAUUAUCUGGCCCAGCUGUGGUUGGCAAUGGUCAUCUAGUUGUGGAUGCUCUUUCCAAUCAGCUUUGGGUAGCAUCAGCUCCUGCCUCAGGUCUUGCUGCCAUUCACCUGACAGAUUAUGUGCCAUUGGUAGUUUUGAAAUCACUCAGUGUUCGUUCAGUAUCCAGAGCUGCACUCAUCCACUUUCAGGAGGGACUGGUUCGAUUGUUCCAGUGUAUACAGAUCGGACUGUCCCACAAAUAUAGGGAGUGUAUCACCCUUCGUGAGGAUGUGAUUGUGCAUCGGAGCAGGCCCCAUCUUAUACUGCAAAAGAUUCACAUUUCCAACCCCAGUGAUAGGGCUACAGUCUUUGAAGUCAAUAACAAGCCAUCCAUCGUUGGAAACAAAUUUUCCUCUAGUGUGGAGAAGCACAACGACCAGGAGUUUCUACUAUUAUCGGGAAGAGUUCUGACAGAGGAAAGAGAGACCAUUCUAGUGGUGGUGGCCACAGAGAAAAUGGCCAACAGGCUGCAGUUAGCAGCAAAGUCUGAAUUCACUGAACAUGUGGUGUCAGUGGUUUAUACGCUUCAGUUAGUUGACUUAACAAAAUUGGAAGAAUCAUUCAAUAAACUGAGAGAUGCAGCAAAAGUGGAAAUGUCUGAGCUGCUGAGAAUGGGAGCAGAAGAACUGUAUCGUGAACAUCAGAAGAUGUGGGGUGAUUUAAUAAUCUCAGGCGUGGAAAUGAAGAAGAUCACUGAUUUGCACACCCCUUCCAGUGUGACUGUGAACAGAACCCUCUUCUAUGUUCUUUCCAUGUCAGCAGCUCCUCUCCUGGAUGUGCGGAGUGGGGCUGAAGAACGGGAGAAACUAGAGGCCAACCUGAAUUAUGCAGAUCAUUGCUUCAGUGGCCAUGCCACAAUGCAUGCAGAGAACCUGUGGCCCGAGGAGAUUUCUAAUGUAGUUCGCUUGCUGCAGCUCACUAACCUGUGGAGACUCACACUGCAGAAACGAGGCUGCAGAAGCUUAUUGGCAGCUGGCUCACAUGGCAUGCUUCAAGGGAUGGUCAUGAGCUUUGGGGGCCUACAGUUUACAGAAAACCAUCUGCAGUUCCAGGCUGAUCCCUCUGUCCUGCACAACAGCUACCUGCUGCGAGGGAUUCAUUAUAACAAGGACCUUAUCAACCUAGCAGUGUUAUUGGAAGGGGAGAACAAACCUUUUCUUCAUGUCUCUGUCAAACCUCAGGACAAACCAGUCAAACUGUAUGGCUGUGAGGCAGGCUGCAUGAACGAUCCAGUGGAACUGACUUCGGAGAUUAAAGGUCAUAUAUUUCCUGUCAUGGUAACACGUCCCAUCACUCCCUUGCUGUACAUCUCGACUGACCUGACCCACCUGCAAGCACUGAGACACACACUCCACCUGAAGGCAAUCCUUGCUCAUGAGGAUCACAUGGCUGAACAGUACCCAGGUCUCCCCUUCCUCUUCUGGUUCAGUGUGGCAUCACUCAUCACCUUGUUCCACCUCUUCCUCUUCAAACUCAUCUACAACGAAUACUGCGGCCCAGGCGCCAAGCCCAUAUUCAGGAGUAAGGAUAUCGAAAUCAUGCCAUGAAAUGGUUCUUAUCCUGUUUCAUCAUGAUCUUGUGUGGCUGUUGACACCUGUAGGCUUAAGGAUUAGAAGGUGAUGUGGCCAUCAGCAUCGGGUGAGACUGCAACUACAAACAGAUCCCUUUUGUUCUUUCUUUUAUUAAAAAAAAAUGGCAGUGCAUUAAUUUAUUUGCUAAAAGAAUGUGAAAUUGCAUUAAACACUGGAUAUUAGAUAACCUGCAACAAAGCUGUCAUUUGUCACCUAACUGACAUUGAACUGGUAUUCCAGACAGAGAACCAUGAAACUUUGUUAUCUCUAGUGAAAUCACCUUGUGUUUUCGAGCAGUAUAUGGGCUAGGGAGUGAGGGAAUACUUUUCUGAAUCGGUUAUGUGGCCUUUGUUUAUCAGAUUCAAAACUGUCAUUUAGGGAGAGAACUGUGGGAAAUUGUUUCUGAUUGAAAUAAUGUUGUGGGGUGAUAUUGCUGUGGGAUUUUGUAAUGAUGCUGUUCACGGUUUGAAGUAAAUGCCAUCAUUGUGACACAUGAAUUAAACUUUGGAUUGAUUGAGAA